CCACCAUGCCGCAGGCUGCACAACCCACAACAACAGACGUAGGCUGGGCGUGCAGGUGUCUCAAUGUCCAGAUACACCACAUACAGACAACCCGAGACCACCCACCUUUUCUCCUCGACAACGACCCAUCCCAGUUCACCCCCAUCUUUGUCGGUCAGGAUGGCCCCCAGAUCACCCACCCCCAAAUGACUCUGCGAUCGCGCAGGCUCGCACCACAUACAUCCGAUGCCUCACGCGCCGUCCGCCUCACGACACUCACCUGUCUCCUCUGCCAGACGCUCGUAUACCGCGUGCAACAAGUCGUUUCCCCUGAGCUGGACGCCACGGAGGGUCCAUUACUGCCCUCCCACGAGUGGGUCGAGCAGGAGACGCUCAAGAGCAGUACAGGAUGGAUCGAGGUGCACAGGAGCUGUCUCGACUCAACCGCUGUAGCGGCUGUAACGAAGGCCUCGACAUAUUCGUCUGUGUUCGGCGUCGGCAUCUUGCCCGCUUCGAACACGUCCAUACCCGAACAGGAUACCCAGGACGGCGCCCUCCCCAGCAACCCCCCGAACCCAACCUCUCCUAUCACCCCUCCCCCCUUCCUCGCAGACCUCAAACCGAUAUUCCCGCCUCCGCCAUUUACGCCCUCGCACCCCGCAUUCCAGCACCUCUCUGCCAUUGCCAGACAUAAGUCCGAAGCGCUCCGUGCGGAGACGGAGCGGUACCUCGCCGACGUGUUCACGGCAAAAGUCACCGAGCUCGAGAAGGCCGAGGACGAGCUCCGAGGAAGCGUCGAAGAGCUCUGGAAGAACUUUCACGCGGGCGUCCGGCAAGCCGAGCGCGAGUGGAACUCGAGCCCUGCCGGGGCUGCCGCGCUCCGAAGUAAGAGCGCGCUGCCGCGGAGCGGCGCUGGCUAUAAUGGCAAUAGCAGUGGUGGUGGGAGUGGCGAGAUGGGCGGUAAUGACGUCGCCGUUGCUAGCCCGCCUGCGGCGCCGCUCGUGUCCGUCAAGGAGUUCGCGCCGCUGCCGAAUGCGCCUGUGCCUGUGCGCGCGGCGUCGAGCGUAUCGUCGCCGAAGAUGAGCUCGCUGUCGGCGUCGCUGGUGACGUCCGGGUUCGUAUAUCCUGAUGCACAGAAGAGCCAGCCGGGCUCGAGGUCGUCGCCACCUCGCCAACCUCAAUCGCAGGUGCCAUCGCAGGCGUCAUCGCAAGGGCAAUCGCAAGGGCCGCUCGCGUUCCCCACGGUCGCGCGCGACGACCCUUCGCGCCCGCCGUCACAGGCGUCUGUCGACCGCGUGCCGCUGGCGAACGAGGAGAACAUUCUUCGGCCUUUCAGGCGGAGUAUGGACGAGGCGAAGGAUAUGGCGACGAGUUUCCGGUAUUUUACGAUUCUCGAGCAGGAUAUGGCGCGCAAGAACGUACCGCAAGACAGUGGCGCUGGUCAUGACUCUGGUACCAAGCGGGAGACUAAACAGGUGAAUGGGGCGCAGGAGGGGGGCAAGGAUAAGGACAAGAAGGUGGAAGAAAAGGAGCAGGAUAAGUCAGACAAGUCUGCCCCUGUCGAACAGAAGGUGUCGCAAGAGUCUAAGGAUACUAAGGCCAAGGAUGGUAAGGAGAAGCGCAAGGUCAAGUUUGACGUUCAGACUGCCGACGCUGAGGAGAAGGAGCGAAAGCCCGCGCCCGCGCCGUCGACGCGGCAUGUGAACGGUGAACCAGAGAUGAUCUUCGACCUCGAGGACGAAGGCGAAGGCGCCGAGCACGCCCGCGAGCCCGACGCUAAAGCGGUGCUGCCCCUGCUCGAGCAGCCGAGCAUACCGCCGCGCGCCCGCCACGCGAAGCAGUCCAGCGCGCCUAACGGCCUCCCGCCGCGCUUCUCGGCGCUCCGCCCGGCGUCGCUCCCCGCGUACUCGCCGCUGCACUCGCGCAGCGGGAGCGCGGAUGCUGUGAACGUCCCCACGCUCGGGGACAACGAUGCCCAGGCCCAGGCGCCGAAGACGAAGAGUGCUGUGGCGAGCGUGGCGGCGAAGGAGGCGAUGGAGCGCGCGGCGGUGCGGCAGGCGCGGGAGGCGGGGGUGACGACGCCGGAGGAGGAGGCGCUGUUGAAGCUUGUGGGCGCGGAGACGCCGUCGCACCGCGGGGCGUGGCGCACGGAUAGUAAGGCGUGGAGGGUGUUUAUGAACCGACUUGAUACGGCUGGUGGGGGAGAUAAGAAGGAGAAGGAGGGCGGGAUUGGGUUGAUACCCGAGGAUGGGGACGGCGAUGGGGAGGGGGAGGAGGAGGUGCAGCGUGUGCAGGGGGUGUGGGCGAGGGUGAAUGAGAGCGAUGAUAGUGAUUUGGAUACGGAGGCCUCGAAUAGCGGCACGCACCCGCCUGGCAUCCCAGCGUCGAUGCCGAUCGACAUCGGGCCGCUGCAUGGUAACGGUAACGGCAACGGCAGGCCCGCGCGCGAGCCGCUGUCGCUGGCUUCGUACCAGCCGAAGACGUCCAUUCCCGAACGCGCCGCCGUUAAUGGCAAUGGAAACAGCAAUGGCACCGGCGGGAAGAUGUCAGUGCCCAAGCAAACGGUCCCUCUUAGUCCUGGGAUCGGGCGCACGCCCUCGGCGAGGUCUGCGCGAAGGGCGUCGUACGCGGAGCGCGAUCGCCAGCGGGCGAUUGACCCCGGCGCGCUGGACUUUGCGGGGCAGGGGUACGAGGAUGAAGACGAUGAGGAGGAUGACGAAGAUGAGGGUGGGGACGAAGCUGAGGGCGGGGACGGGGGGAAGACGGGAGGAGAGACGGAGGCGCCGAGUAGGCAGCGGGCGCUCAAGAUUUUGAAGGCGCGGAGUCGGCUGCCUGCUGAGGGGAUGUGGCGCAGUUUGGCGUCGUAACCGCUGCGUUUUCGCUCGUCGGUUCUCAACAGCCGCCACCAAUCAUCAACUACCGACUAUCAACUACCAGCGGCAUUUCCCCCGUUUCCUCGACUCUCUCCCUCUCUCCUCGACUCUGAUUCUUUUCUUGCUUUGGACACUGCGGCAGCCGGCUCGAGAUUGAGCCGGCCAAUCCUCCGUAUACUCUAGGUUCUCCACCACUAAUACCAUCAUCGCCUCUUCAAUCCCCCAAGCUACGCCAAUCUUGCAUCGCACGCACUUGUCUUAUCUUGCCAUUGUCCUUGUCCCUGUCCUCGUCUUGUCGCAUCGCCGAGCAUCCAUCUUUUCCAUCGUCUGUAACGACAACACACAUUCUUCCUUGCAGCCGCAAACCCACAUGCCCCAUCCAUUGUUCGAUCUACUCGCUAAUAUGCUACGCCUGAACGUCUUUAUGUUUCGUGAUAAUUUGUUUGUAUUCGGGUAUCCCCAGCUGUCGCAUCGCAUCGCAUAGCAUUGCACGAUAUAGCUAUCGCGUACCACGAACAUACGAUAUACGCACCCUACACGCCGCACAACUGUACAUUGUGAUGUGUGUACCCAUAGCACUUGCUUUCUUGGAGAUGUUGUACCGUAUCGCACCAUACCGUACCUUGCCUGUGCUUCCGCGUCGAGACGGGCCCGAGAUGAGCUCACUACUAUUACAUAGUACUACUGUAC